AUGACACCGAGCCUCUCCGAGUCUGAAACUUUCCUUAAAGAGUUAAUCCUUCUCUUUUUGUACAGUCCGAAAAAGGAUAGAGGCGUCUUCGAUUUCUUUCGAGUUUUUCUUACUAUGAAUGAAAAGCAGGGCGUCUCGUUUAGUUUUUUACCCAAUCAAUUAUGGUACAGGAUUUCUAGUAUUUCUAGUUUUUCUGGGCUUGGUUCAUCGAUUAUUUUUCCUCUCGAUCUUGUUAAGAAUAAUUCAACAAAUUCUUCUGUGAAUAAUGAUUCACAAACGGUUGUGAGUGAUGAUUAUACACGUUCAGAAGCUCUUUCGGGCUAUCAAUCAUAUGAAUCUCUGGUAACAGAAUACGCCUCUGCAUUUGAAGAAGAUGAUGAUGAAACGGAUCUUACACAAGAGGAGUGCUGGGAAUCGGAUUCUUUUGAUGACUUUAUUGAGCGUGGUCUAGUUGAAGUUAUGAACGAAACCCCAAUGCAAGCGAUAAGAUAUUCUUAUUUUGAAGAUGGGCAAGAAAUAAUGACUCGAUACCGUUUCGAGUUUGAUAAGCCAUCAUUUACUAAACCUCAAUUUCCGAGCCUGAGGUUUGAUGAAAUCGAUUACAACGAAAAUGAUUUCAAAGGAAAUGAGAAGAUUGUGGUUGAUGAACCGGUAUUUUUUGGAAAGAUUCCUGUUAUG